AUGGAAAGUAGAGACAAAUUCUAUUUCUGGUAUCUUGUGAUCCAUGUCCCAAUUACAGUUUUAAUUGAUCAAGGAAUUGUGAUUCCUGAGUCGUAUCAAACGUUUAUAUCGAAAUUCUUAAUCCAACUUCAUUUAUCUCAAAAUAAGGAUUUUUUAGCAAAGAAUCCACCAUUAUGGCUCCGUUUAUUCGUCUUUUUUGAAUUGUUCGUUCAAUUGCCUUUUUUCGUUGCCGGAGCAUAUUGUCUAAGGCGACUGUGUAAGAGAAUCUAUCCAUUCAUGGUGAUAUAUGGGUUUAACGCAUGUUUUACAACACUAGUAUGUCUUGUCUACGUCUUCAAUAGAUACGAAAUUUAUGGUUUAUCUCAAUUUGAAGCUUUGAAAUUAGGAGCCUUAUAUUUCCCCUACUUUUUAAUUCCGCUUGUUAUGAUGUGUGAUUUUACUAUGCGGAUAAUAAACAUCAUUCCUCAACAAGAGGAGAAGCAAAAGAGUGCCUGA